AUGGCGGACGAUCUAAGCUCUCGAAGCCUAGCUUUGACCAUCGUGGAAGCCAGCUCUUUGAUAAUUCUAAACGUGUUUUCCCUUAUAGGAAACACUCUGGUUUGUAAUCUGUUUUACAAAACCACGCGACUUCGAACAACAACAAAUCUAUACAUCAUCGCACUUGCUGUGAGUGACCUGCUGUCCGCCAUUUUUGUUAUGCCCUUCGGUGUUGGGGUGCUGAUCUCAAGUGAUUGGAUCUUCGGUGAAACGAUGUGUAAAAUUGAAGCUUUCUUCGUUUGUUUUGUUGCCUACGUCUCGCCUGCUACUAUGGGUUUAACAGCAAUAAACAGAUACUUUAGGAUUUGUAAAACAGAGCAGCAAUACAGGAAGUACUUUUCCCCGCUGAAGUCACGAACAUGGUUGGCCUGUGUGUGGAUCUUCGUUGCUUUUUACGCUGUGGUUCCAAAAUUGGUUGGUCUUCAAGAUUAUGCGUUCGUUCCGGGAUAUGGCGUCUGCGCCCUCGCCUUUCUAAGCGAAACUGGCAAAAUAAUCAAUUACUGCAUUGUCCUAGGCCUAUUGCUCGCUUUUCCUUUAGUGGCGGCCAUAGUCAGCUACAUAAAAGUUGCAAAGAUGAUCCGACAGCAUAACCAGGAGACUAAAUCUACGAGGCGACAGCAGCGUAAUAAGUGCAUAGGUGCACGGGAGAUCAAACUUAGCAAAUCGCUUUUCGUUGUUGUCUUCGCGUUCAUGAUGUGCUGGGCCCCAUUUUGGAUCAUCACUGUAUUCAAGCGCUUCCGUGUUGUCGGGAAAAUGGCGCGUAACGUUCAACUGUUUUGCUCAUUUCUUCUUUAUUUGUCCAAUACAAUUAAUCCUUUCAUAUACGCCGGCAUGAAUCCUUUAUUCAGAAGAGAAGUCCGCAGAUUCUUAUCAUGUAACCGAAAACGAAGUUUAACAUUGAAGCCGAGGAAACCCGUCCAACAAGACAGCUGCGUCACGUCAACGGACAUUACUCGGACUCCCAAUGGCAGCCAGCUGUAUCUCAAAGAAACAACAGUUACUAUGAACACCCCUGAUGAUGAUAAGGGAGGAGAGGGAAACUCUGGUUUGUUAAACUAA